AUGACCGAAAAUUUUGAACGGAUGACAAAACAGAUGACAGAAUUAAAAAACACCACUCAACAGCUCAGCCAGCGAUUUGAGACAAUGUCCGAUCGAGUCACUAAACAGGAAGAAACUUUGGUUACAUUCACACAUGAAACAAAAAACAAUAUCACCCGAUGUGAGACUCAGUUAACUCAAAUAGUUAAUGUGCAGCAGGAAGUGAACACUCGUGUGGAAGAGUUAGCUCAGGCCCACACUUCAGCUAGCUCCACUCAAGAAAAGCUGACUGAAGAAGUGGGAAAUAUUACCCAACAGCUCACAAUGGUAGUUCUUGAACAAACCCACCUCAAAGAAAAGAUAGAAAAAUUAGAAGAUCGAGCGGACCUCGCGUCACUAAACAACACACCAACAUGGCCGAAAGAAUUGUACACGAAUGAUAUACUUUCAAAAGCAAAGACACAUGUUAAAGACGAGACAAAACACAUAGAAGACGAAGUGACAAAAUUACGAGACAAUGUUGUGCCGUAUUUGGUGAUUGGUGUAAACGCAUCGUCAGGGAACGACAAAACAGCUAAAACCAUGGCUAAUGACACAGACAGAACACCUAUUGUGGAAUCACCUAUUUCCAAUCAAAAUUACAAUGUGCCGCUUUCUUUUCCACCAAACGAGCAAUAUUACGAUACGACACCUAGAGUAGCAAAUCAAAUGGACGUAGUUUACAGAGGCGAUUCAUGCCAUUCAAAUUUUACUCAUGUUACUAACCAAAAUCAGCACCCACCCCAAAGGAACCGUAGUGACGGUGGUUGGUGGAACCAUCCGCCCGCGCCGCGACACAAUACGAUGCCUGCACGCGAAACAUAUUCAAAUGGAAACGUACAGUACAACAACAACAACAAUAGGAGACGUGAGAAUAACCAGUACAACCCGGGCUACUUUGACAGGAACUAUAAAAUAAAUAAAAUAAAAUAA